AUGCAUGGCGCCAAUGACAUGUUGAACAGAGUGUUGUUGGCUAUAUGGGCAGACUUUCUGGAUGGAGAUUUCGAACUCAUCAAAAUGUUAUUGCGGUCCUUUGGAGAAGUAAACCCAAAGCUAAAGUUCGGGGACGAAACGAUAGAGGCACUCCUUCAAGCUCUGGUUAAUUUGCGGGAAGUUGUUGUUUCAGGACAACAGCAUUUUCGUUUACUUAAGUUUGAGAUGAUGCGCUUAUACGAGAUUCAACAUGCUCUUCGACAACUCUCAUAUUUUGAUGUACCUGGGAGGUUGAAGCUUACGAUUCAAUUAGCACGCUUAACUCUUGCACUUCCAGUGAAUGUUGACAAAGCAAUCAUGAACAACGCGAAGAGAACAGUCAACAGGAAGUCGGAGUUGGUAGACCUCGUGGACGGUACUUACCCUCCAGCAUCCACUCCGUGA